AAUGGCUGAGCUGUCAAAGUCUCCUUGAAAAAGUGUGCAUUUUUGUAAAUAUUCAGAAUUGUAGUGUUUCUUGGGCUGUUCAACCAUGUUCUGUGUCUAAUAAUUGGGCAAAACGGGCAAGGCAGUGGGGCAGCACGAUGAUCUCGCUGACCAGGAAGACAGAGCGUGUCUCCAAGCGAAUUUCCGUCCGGGAUCGACUGCUGGUGAAGGAGGUGCAGGAAAUGGAGCAAACUCUGCCCAGCACGUGCAGAAUACACUUUGGUGAUCCACACGUUCUCAGCGAGUUUUCCCUGACGAUUCUCCCGGAUGAAGGUUACUGGCAAGGAGGGAAGUUCCAGUUCACGGUUUCCGUGCCGGAAGAGUACAACAUGACGCCUCCAAAGGUAAAGUGUCUGACAAAGCUGUGGCAUCCCAACAUCUUCGAAGGAGACAUCUGUCUCUCGCUCCUGCGACAGAACUCCAUCGAUGGCAUGGGUUGGGCCCCAACCAGACGGUUAAAGGACGUGAUCUGGGGACUGAACUCUCUCUUCACGGACCUGCUCAACUUCGAUGAUCCCCUGAAUAUCGAAGCGGCGGAACAGUAUCUGCAGAACAAGUCGGAUUUCCAAAUGAAAGUCAAGGAAUUUGUCCAAUUGUACGCCAGAUGAUGACUUCCAGCCUCAUAAAGAUACUCAAAUGUGAGAGAAAUCGUGUAAUGUGAAUCUCUUCCUAUUGUCAGAAAUUUCUUAACUAGGAUUAUAUUCAAAUUAAAUGAUAAUUAGGAAUUGUUAGGGUAUUU